CCGAACCGAACCGAGCCGAACCGGGCCCCACCGGACCGGACGGGACCGGGCCGGGCCUGCAGCUGCAGCUGCCGCAUCCAGUCAGGAUCAUGUCCCAUGAGAAGAGCUUCCUGGUAUCCGGGGACGGCUAUCCUCCCCCAAACCCUGGCUUUCCUGGUGCUCCCCAGCCCCCGGUGCCCCCCUAUGCCCAGCCCCCCUACCCAGUGGCUCCCUAUCCCCAGCCCACCUUCCAACCUGGCCCUUAUGGGCAGCCAGGUUAUCCCCAGGGUCCCCCCGGUCCUUACCCCCAGGGCGGUUACCCACAGGGACCGUAUCCCCAAGGCCCGUAUCCCCAGGGAGGAUACCCCCAAGGUCCGUAUCCGCAGGGCCCCUUCCCUCCUAAUCCGUACGGACAACCUCAGGCCUUCGACCCCCAGGACCCUGACUCCCCCGUGCAUGGGAACUACCACGAGGAUGCCCCGCCAUCCUACUACGACAACCAGGACUUCCCCCCGACCAACUGGGAUGACAAGAGCGUGCGCCGCGCCUUCAUCCGCAAGGUCUUCCUGGUGUUGACCCUGCAGCUGUCCGUGACCUUCUCCUUUGUAGCCAUAUUUACUUUUGUGGACGGGGUCAAGGGCUUUGUCCAGCGCAAUGUCUGGGCCUAUUACGUCUCCUACGCCAUCUUCUUCGUGUCCCUCAUCGUGCUCAGCUGCUGCGGGGAUUUCCGCCGUAAGCACCCCUGGAACCUCAUUGCCCUGUCAGUCUUGACCAUCAGCCUGUCGUACAUGGUGGGCAUGAUCGCCAGCUUCUACGACACGGACGCCGUCAUCAUGGCCGUGGGCAUCACCACCACCGUCUGUUUCACCGUCGUCAUCUUCUCCAUGCAGACGCGCUAUGACUUCACGUCCUGCAUGGGCGUGCUGCUGGUGAGCAUGGUGGUCCUGCUGGUCUUCUCCAUCCUCUGCAUCUUCAUCCGGAACCGCAUCCUGGAGAUCGUCUACGCCUCUCUGGGGGCCCUGCUCUUCACCUGUUUCCUGGCUGUGGACACCCAGAUGUUGCUCGGGAACAAGCAGCUGUCGCUGAGCCCCGAGGAGUACGUGUUCGCCGCUCUAAACCUGUACACGGACAUCAUCAACAUCUUCCUCUACAUCCUGGCCAUCAUCGGCCGGGCCAAGGAGUGACUCCUGCCCCCCGCCCUUGCUACUGGCACCUGAGCCAAGGAGGGAACGACCUCCCUCUCUUUCCUCUCCCCUUCCCCCUCCCCAGCCCACUCCUCAGUCUGGGUUGCUGCUGUUUGUGUCUGCACGGCCUGGCCCGGCCCCUUCCCCCCGGGGGAGUUUUAGGAGGGGUCUGUCUCUCACUCCCCCUGCCUUACCUCGGUUCCCAGGGCUCCCACCCCGUGUAUAUAUUUGUGCAUAUUUAUGUUUCUAUCGAGGCUCUCGUUCCCCUCCUCCACCCUUGCACGGUCCAUCCGGGCCUCAGUGGGAGCGGGUUCCCUUGUCCCCCCAGAGCGAGCCCUGCCCGCCCCCACCCCCUCUUCGUGCUGCAUGGUUCCUAUACCUCCCACCCACCCCUGCAGCCUUGCCUGCCCCAGGAACAGGGCGGAAGGGGCAGCCCGGACCACGAAUGAUGAUCCAGGGGCCGGGCCUGCUCUCCCCUUCUCCACCCAGCCCAAAGCCAGAGCUUCCCUUGACCCCAGGCUGCUGGGCCCCAGGGGCGGCAGCUUCUCGCCCCUUCCCCUCCCGGACCGUGGCCCGGGGGGGACGGAGCUGGAGUAGGAAGGGAUGGGGUGGCUGGCCUCUGUGCUGCCUUUAAUAAAGCUCCUGUAGAUGUGA